AUGGGGGACUUGGUGGACCCCAAGCCUAACUACGAUGUCGACGAGCCUGUUUACCAACCUCAGGAUGCGUUGGGUCUUUCGGCGCGCUCAGCUGCAUUAACUGGUGCUGCUGGGCUCUUUAUCGCUUCCGUCCAGAACACUGUCGCGAAGGAACAGAUUGGUGCUUUCGGGGUGUUUACACGUUUUGGCAGGACCAUUGGUCUACUCACGGCUAUGGGAGGAACAUUCCAGUUCGCAAGCACGGCUUCUGCAAACCUACGAGAGAAGAAUGAUUACAUCAACCACGUAAUUGGCGGUACCAUUGCUGGUUCUUUGAACGGCCUCUGGAGGCGUUCAAUGACUUCGACGCUUGGCAGUGCUUUGGCCCUCGGUACCGCGAUGGGAGUGAUCAGCUACACUGGCCGCUCCAUAUUCGAAUCGUCUUCAGACAAGGCCUUCGAUGACCGGAUGACAUAUAAAGAGGAGGCCAGAGCUCGAUUUAGAAGACCUCUCAAUGAGACAAUCAAUGAGUUGGGAGAAGGACGAGGUAUCUACGGGCCCGGAUACGAGGAAAGGCGGAAGCAGAGAAUUAAAGAAAGAUACGGAAUCGAUGUUCCGCCACCUUACUACGAAGGCAAGGCCGCACCUGGGGCAUGA